UACUGAACAAAACGACAAGAAAAGCAAGAAAAUGAUUGGUAUACUAUGUAUAGUGAGAGAGUUCGUAGACUUAGUAGGUCUGUGUCCGUAUGGUCCUUCGGUUAGACCAUGUGUUGAGCCAGAGAUGUCACCCCAGGUUCAAGGUAUGUGUCGUGAUGUUCCUUCCCCUGUGGUAGAGUCUCCUGAGCUACCAAGGGCUGCUGACCCGGAGCAGUGUUUGGUGGAAGCACCCUGUGUUGCAUUGUUUUCAGCAAUGCCAUUUGAGGUAGAAGUCAUUUCUACUUUGGAUGACACUGUUGAAAACGAUACAGCGGUGUUUGAGGAGAAAGAGGAACAUGAGUUGGUUUUCGACACAGAUGAUGCUGACCUUUUCUCAACCUGGGAUCAGGAGCAGCAGCAGGCUGAUGAGUGGUGGGAGGAUCUGGAAAGGAGGGUUAUUGAAGUUUCCGAUGAGGUGGAGGCCCUAUCCGAGGAUUAUAGUGAGGUAAAACAAAGGUUGGAGAGUGAUGAUGAGACUCUGCAGAUGUUUGGCGCAAACUUGGAAAGUGAGGGUCGAAAUCUGCAGAUGCAGUAUGUAAUCUCCAGGGUUUUACCUUGCUGUGGUCCUUUGGAUUUAGAAGAAGGUGUGGGUGAUGUGGAAGAGCUGUCUCUAGAGGAUGACGAGGUCUUUACUGAUGAGCAGGAUAGAGUUGUGAUUUGGGACGAGGAAGGCAGAGCAGCUAUGAGGAGAGUUUGGUUCAGGAGGCAUUUCAUGAAGAGUCAUUGUCUGAAUGGUUUUUGGAGGACCUUUAGAGGGUACAGUUUGAGGUGUCGGAUGUUUCAGCUUAGUAUUGUGUGUCGUUGAAGAGUAGGUUCACAUUUGUAUUUUUGUUAGUUUUGUCCCUUAUGACCAGUUGCCCCCAGAUUACUUGACAAGUAAUGAAUGACUGAUGGUAUUGACUGAUAGGUUGGUUGAUGUUUUAGUGAUGAUUGUAUCUUGAACACUUAUUGACGGUUUGGUCUUUUAAUAGGUCAUAACAGGUUAGGAAUUCUCUGGCAAAAAUGAAAACUAUAAAAAGAUAGAAGUAAACCUGCCCUUAGUCUUACUCCCUGAGUCCCCCCUCUACCCAAGUACUCUACUCUUACUUUCUUUGUAUAUAUAUGUAUAUAUGUGUAAAUAAAAGCAUGAUUGUUUUAUACAAUUUUUAGUUAAGUCAGACAUUGUAUGUUACCAAAGGUAGAUGUAUAAUGUUGUUGUAGUAUGUUAUCAUCAUUAGGAUAUCAGAGACCUUCAUAUGUACAGUAAUCAUAGAAAUAGAGUAUUAAUUUUGUACAGCAAAAACAUUCAGAAUCACAAGUGAUUUCGGUGAGAAUUCGGGAUUUCGCCCAAGGUAAAACUUAUAAUUGUCACAUACCAUCAUCAUUGAACUCAACACACCUGACUUUAUCAGUAACGCACACCUUCAAAUUUGAUAUGGAUCAGAUUUAGAAAAAAAAACAUAGAAGAAAUUUGGUAUCCAUCAUCAACCUUGUCAGUCAACAUUUUUUUGAGUUGUUACCCUUUUAAUGACCUUUUUUUGUUACCAUAUUUUGGACAUAUACAGUCUAUAGAUAGAAAAAAAAUAGAUAGAAAAAAAAAGAGUAUAGAGAGAGAAAAAUUUUAAAACUAUAUUAUAGAGAUAUAGAAUAAAAACUAUUAUAGAGAGAGAAAAAUUUGUGAAAAAAAAAUAAAAAUUAUCAGCAAGACAGAUCUGUUUUGUGGAGAAAAAAAACUAUAUAGAAGAUGUAGAGACAACAUACAACUGAAACGAAUCAGUAAAUCAUUGAGAUCAGAAAAAUCUCAAAUUCCCACGGUCAGAUGUUUAUGUUCUCCCAGUUUUCGUUGCCAUCCUACAAUAUCUUUCUUUUUCUUUUUGAUAAACAUGACUUAUUUUAAUUUGGAUUUUUUCUAAACUAUUUUGUAAAAUGUAAAAUAAAAUAACACCUUUCUUAAUUAGCUCUGAAUGCACCAUACACCUGGAAACCUGGUAAAUGAAACUUCUUGUUUAAUCAACCCUCCAUGUCUAGUACAUCAAUAUUAAACCAUUUUUUCACAAAGUAUCAAGAACUAACCUGGGUGGGAUAACUAACAUGAUACUUCCUAAAUAGGUUGUCUGGAAGAUGUGUGAAUGAAUGAAUGAAUGAAUGAACGAGAUAAUAAUAGAGAGCAGAGAGACAGAUAUCUUAAGGGUAUUGUGUACUGUUCUGUGGAGGAAAGUUAUUUAGGAAUUUUAUAAUUCUAGUAAUUUUCAGAACAGAAUUGGUAUUUCUGA